UAGCAGCUCUAGUGCCAAAUUUUUCCUCCCGCGGUGAGGAUCGCGUGCGUGAGCAAGUACCGUUUCGUGUGGUGCGUGAAAGAUCUCCCUUCUCCCUUCUGACUGUAAAUUUCGGUAAACAGUGACAAGUGCAAAUUUCUGCUGAAUUUUAAAAAAUUGUGUUAAAGUGAACGACUUUUUGGAUAAUAGGAAUUAAAAGAAGGAAACAAUGCAAAGCCAACGAAGGCAAUCCGCCGGUUCCGCCAUUCCGAAAGCGCCGGCCGUGAAGCGCCGCAUGUCCCGCCACGGUUCGGUCCUGAUUGAAACCACCCCGCGGCAAAUCCCCUGGGACCUCGUAGAUCGACUGCUGGUUCCAAUCAUCGGAUGCCACGCCGCGGCCAUUGUUUGCUCCGGAGUGUUCAACUUUCUCGGAAUUUCCCAGGUGUCGGCCUUUGUGCUGUUCCUGUUCUUCGCGAUCCUGACCGUCGGUGCCGCCAUCGGAUUCCACAGUCUUAAGGUCUCCCCACUGGGCAAAGGAGUGCUGAUCACCGGAUGCGAAUCGCCACUGGCCCGGGCCUUGGCUAGACGGCUCGAUGAUUUGGGAUUUACGGUAUUCGCCGGUUUCAAAACGCUGGACGAUAGCUCCGAAGCCGGCAUGCUGAAGGCGAUGUCUUCCGGGCGGUUGAAGCCGAUACAGUUGGAUGUGACCUCGGAAGUGCAGAUGUUGGAAGCGUCUUUGUACAUCACCGAGAACUUGCCGGAGGGAGCCGACGGGCUGUGGGCGUUGGUUCAUUGCGAUAUGUGGUGUGCCCUUGGAGAACUCGAAUGGAUCCCGUUUCCCGUGAUGAGGAAGUCCUUCGACAUCAAUGUGCUGGGAGCAUCCCGUCUGUCGCAGAUCAUGUUGCCGUUGAUUCGCCGGGCCAAGGGUCGAGUGGUGUUCCUUUCGUCGGCCAUCGCUCACAUCCCAUCUCCGGUGCGGGGCAUCCAAUGUGCUACCCAGGCUGCCAUCGAGGGCCUAGCUUCCUGUUUGCGCCAUGAGCUGAAGCCGCGAGCCGUCAACGUUUCGAUUGUGUGCGCCAGCGAGUUUUCAUCCGGAGACGCCUGGCUCGACGAUAGCAAGAUGAUGGACCAAGCUAAGGCCAUGUGGGAACAGCUGAGCGACGAGCAGAAGUCGGCCUACGGGGAGGACUAUUUCGAGACGGCUAUCCGGUCGCUGGAGAAGUACACCAAUACGGACGGCGACUUCCACUCCACCGUGCGCGCCCUGACCGAUGCCAUCAUCCGUUCGUUCCCGCUGUUCCGUUACACGCCGUUAUCCCGUUACGAAAAGCUCCAGACCAUCGUGUCCGAACAUCUGCCGCGCUCCGUCUACGAACUGUUCUACUCGAACUAAAAACGCCGAACGUGAACAAAAGCUAAGCAAAUUUGGAUUUUAUUGGAUUUGGAAAACUUUCUUUUAGGAGAUUCUCGAACGAAGAGAUUGCUUUUAUAAAACCAGUUUGUAGUAGAGGUAGAAAACGAUUUGUCACUUGUAGGGGAGAUAUUUAAUGUGGAUUAAGUUAGGAAGAUAGUAGUAGAAUGCGAGAACUAGUACAGAUAGGUUGAACAGAAAGUAGAUUGAGUGAAAUAUCAUAUAUAAUUUAUAUAUUAACUGUUUGUCAUAAUAUAGAGAUGGUCGGUCAACCAAAUAUAUAAAACUUAUUUAUAGUACUGAAUGCAAUGAAAAAGCUUCACGCCGAGGCUUUUAGGAAGUGCUGCCAUCUUGACAUGGCGGUCAAGAUGCGUUACUCAUUGGUAACGCUCAAACGUCACACAAUGUAUAGCUUUGUUUACGCUUCGCAAGCUUGCAUUAUCUCACGCACACAAGCAUAGUCAUACACAGUAUAGAUAUAAAUACGGGUUUGGAUUUUUGUAUCGGCAUUUUAGUUAGUAUUCGUUUGAAAUCAACCAGUAGAGCAAAAUCACAACAAGGGGAGAUAUUUUACCGCUGUCUAACUGCAUCCAACAUAAAAGUAAACAGAGGAAGACGUUGUUCAUGAGACGAACGAAUGCAUCGCAUUGAAGAGUAAUAAAGUGCAGUUUAUUGAAUAAAAAGUCAA